AUGGUCAUUUCCUCUGAAGGCCCCUCAUCGUCUUCUUCCGAGAAAUCAUCUCCUAAUGAUUCUGCGAAUCACCGGCACAUCUAUGUUCAUGCACGCAAUGAGUUGUUUACUAAACCGCCUUCCAUCCAUCAAAGCUCAACUGGUUUUGCUUCUUCCGAUGGCGGCGUGUUCACACAAGCGCUCUGCUUCCCUGCCAUUUCUAUUGUUUCUUAUCAGACCACGAUUGAGAAUUCUCCAAACCUUUUGCUCACCGAACUAAUGGGCUUCGCCAUCGCCGUUUCACUCCCAAGUACUUGUGGCGGAGUGACGGGUCUUACAAAAUUAACGGUGUUCAUAAACGAUUUGGCAUUCGAGGUCACGACGGUGCACUUCAACGUGAAGGCGGCGUUUAGUGAUGACGCGGUGCUCAUUCAUUAUUCCUCCGGUCAGCCCCUCCUUACCAAUGAAUGGGGACUAACCCUUGCUCCACUUCAAGGCGGCGCUUAUUAUUACUUAGUUCGCACAUAA